AUGAGUGCAUCGGGGCAGGAGAUCUUGCUCAACAUUGCACAGUGGCUAGAUCAAGAUAUCUCAAUAGACAGGAUCUCUGAUCUAUCUCUCGUUUUACCAGUACACUCAGAACUUACACAUUUGACUCAGAUUUACUUGGAAUCUUGCGAAUCUCCUAUCAAUUUUGAUAAACUGCAACCAACGCCUGAAUUGCAGAAGAUUUUGCUCGCUAUUUGGAGAUUCACGCAAUGCGAUCCUGGAUUAGUCAAACACUGGCAGUUGCUCCCCCUUAUUCACGUAAUUAGCACACACGAAGACCAGGCAGUUAGGCUUCUCUCAACUUGGAUUAUCACUAGCAUUUACGAUCUCUCUAUAAAAUCUAGGAACGUCUUACUUGGAAAAUUCGUUGAUUUCUCUAAGGUCAUCCCCCUCAGAGAUGGCUCUUCCCUCAGAGAAGACGGUCAAUUGGGAGAUAAUGUCGUUGACGCUAGAAAUUUAUUAUUAAUCGAAGAAGCACGUAUUAGCAACUACAAACAGUCAUUAAAAUGUACAUCAGAUAUUAGCAUCGACACAACCAAUAACUUAUCACUUCUUGCAUCAAACGUUCUCAUUUCUAGACAAUCAAAACAUGCACCUCAAUCUAAUUAUAUACCUACACCCGCACUCGAGUCCUCAUUGAUCGAUUUCUCGAUAGCGUACUCAACUAGGCUCCCAACUAUUCUUUCCUCCCCACCUUCAUCCGGAAAGUCUACGAUCAUCAACCACCUCUCAUCCGUUGUUCAUCCACCGACCACCACACACCCCCACAUCCUCACCAUUCACGCUGCCGAUCCUUCCUUGGAUCCUAAAGCCUUGCUAGGAUCUUACGUUUCCACUCCUCAAGGUACAUUUGCAUAUGUCGAGGGCGCGCUCGUAAAAGCUGUUCGAAGCGGUAUGUGGGUUGUCAUCAGGGAUAUCGACCGAGCAUCACAAGACUUCAUGUCAAUCAUCUCAAAACUCGCUCAAUCACUCGGUCCAACCAAGAAAUUAGCCGCUAGAGCUGUGCUAUCCAUCCCUGGUCGCAAUUCAGUCACCGCGCAUCCAGAUUUCAGACUGAUGGCUACAAAAUCUACAACCCUUCAAUCAAGUUUCCUCGGUUACUCACAUUGGUUUGAAGUCAACAUACCUGAGCCAUCAAUAGAGGAUGUUACGACAAUUGUAGCCGGUACAUUCCCUAAAUUAUCAGACGUUGCUAGUAAUUUUGUCGGCGUUUGGCAAACGGCUAAGGAAGCAGCAAAGAUUAUGAGAACGGAUAUCAAAUCAGGCGCAGAAAGACCACUUGUUUUGAGAGAUCUCUUCAGAUGGGUGAGGAGAAUAGAAAAGCUUUUUGAAGAAGUCAACAUACAUCCGAAAACAAUUGACGAUCUCACUCGUAAUCCUAUAGUACAAGAGGAGAUACUGAUUGAAGCAAUUGAUGUCUUCUACGCACAUAAACCAGCUCAACCUGCGAUCGCCGUGCUUGAGACUUUAGGCGAUCAAUUACAUGUGAAUUCAGAGCGUAUAAAGUGGAUAGCAAACAGCAGAUCUGCUGACUACAAACAGUCAGAAAGCACUUCUAAUAUUACAAUCGGUCGUACACAGCUUAAGGCAGCUUCUGCGAUGUCGCUUGCUAACAAGUCAAAGUCAACGUUUGCACUGACAAAACCAUCACUCAACCUCAUGGAAAAGAUCGCAGUUGGUGUAUCACAUUCAGAACCUUUACUGUUAGUUGGUGAAACUGGUACAGGUAAGACAACAAUGGUGUCCUAUUUGGCGAAGCACUUGAACAGAAAAUUGGUAUCUCUCAACUUGUCUCAUCAAACUGAAGCUAGUGAUCUUCUCGGUUCUUUCAGACCUCUUGAUCCACGUGCAGCUGCUGUUGAUGUGUGGUCAACGUACGAGGAACUUUUCAAUGCAACAUUCGACACGACAAAGAACAAGGCUUUCACAUCAGCGAUCAGAAAAAGCUACGUUAAUGGGAAGUGGGAGAAAUUAUCCCGUGGAUGGCAAGAAGCUACAAAGAUGGCCCGCAUAAAAUUAUCUAAAGGUCUCGCGAAAGAGGAAAGCAGCACCGAGUCACCGCGGAAGAAGCGCAAGACGAAUGAUCAUUCGGAUAUCAAAGUUUUGUCUCAAUCUUGGGAUGGAUUUGAGAACAAAGUUAAUGAUUUUAUUGUGCAACACGUGAACAAUCUCGGCGGGAAGGCUCGAUUCGUCUUCUCGUUUGUAGAAGGUCCAUUAGUAACUGCUUUGAGAAGGGGCGAUUGGAUUUUGCUUGACGAAGUUAACUUAGCUUCACCAGAGACUUUGGAAUGUCUCUCGUCCCUCGUUGCAUCCCCAAACUCAUCCAUUGUUCUCACCGAGCGUGGUGAUCUUGAAGCUAUCCCGCGUCAUCCAGAUUUUAGGAUAUUUGCCUGCAUGAAUCCAGCUACCGAUGUCGGAAAGCGUAAUUUACCUCAGAAUUUACGCGAGAAGUUUACCGAAAUAUACUCCCCAGCACCAGAUAACGACAAAGACGCGCUUGUUUCUAUCGUAGAUAAGUACAUUGGUCAAUUAAGCGCCGGUGAUAAAGGUGUUGUAAUGGACGUCGCAGAGUUAUACCAUACAACCAAGAUGUUGGCAGAAGCUCAUGAAAUUGCCGACGGUGCAAAUCAGAGACCACAUUAUUCCAUGCGUACACUUGCGCGCGCGUUGUCGUUCGCUGCAACAGUCACACCUAUUUACGGGUUGCGUCGGUCAUUAUGGGAGGGUUGGAUUAUGGCAUUUACGAUGCCUCUAUCUGAGAAGAGCGCAAAUGUCGUCAAAGCACUGGCUGAGAAGCAUAUUGUGAACCGUGCGAAAAAUCCUCGCACAGUUUUGAACUCAGCACCACCAAAACCAACAUCUGACGAUUACCUAGGUCUUGGUAGCUUCUGGUUAGAGCGUGGUCCUCUGCCACUCGAAGUCGAUGAAGGAUACAUUCUCACCCCAUCAGUGCAAGCUAAGCUGAUUGAUCUUGCACGCGUCGUCCUCACACGUCGAUUCCCUGUCCUUAUCCAAGGUCCUACUUCAGCCGGUAAAACCAGUGCUGUUGAAUACCUCGCUAAGCGCACCGGGCAUUCCUUUGUCCGUAUUAACAACCACGAGCACACUGAUCUCCAGGAAUACCUCGGUACAUAUGUCUCAGACCCUGAUACGGGAAAAUUCGAAUUCCAAGAGGGUGUUCUCGUCCGUGCGUUAAGAAAUGGUGAUUGGAUCGUCCUCGAUGAACUCAACCUUGCCCCAACGGAUGUUUUGGAAGCACUGAACAGAUUGUUGGAUGAUAACAGAGAACUUGUCAUACCAGAAACUGGUGAAGUCGUUAAACCACAUCCUCACUUUAUGUUGUUUGCAACACAAAAUCCUCCGGGGUUGUAUGCAGGUCGUAAAGUUCUUUCUCGUGCAUUCAGGAAUAGAUUCCUCGAAGUACACUUCGACGAUGUUCCUCAAGAUGAACUUGAAACGAUUCUUUGCCAGCGCUGUAAGAUCGCUCCAUCAUACGCGAACAAGAUUGUAGCUGUUUUCCGCGAACUCCAGCGCAGAAGACAAGCUGAGAGAGUCUUUGAGACUAAACAGAGUUUCGCAACGCUUAGAGACCUCUUUAGAUGGGCUAAGAGGGAUGUCAUCGGAUACCAACAACUAGCAGAGAAUGGUUACAUGCUCCUAGCCGAGCGUGCUCGUAGACCUGAUGAUAAGGUGGUCGUCAAAGAGGUUGUCCAGGAUGUCAUGAAGGUCACUAUCGACACCGAAAAUCUUUACAAUUUGUCAGAAAGCGAUAUGACAGAGAAGCUCGGAUGUGUGUUGAAAGAAGAUGCAGGAAUGGUAUGGACAAAAGCAGCAAAGAGAUUGUUUAUCCUAGUAGCCAUGGCGUUGAAAUACGACGAGCCAGUGUUAUUGGUCGGUGACACAGGUACUGGUAAGACAUCUGUAUGUCAAGUACUCGCAGCCGCACUCAACCAGCGUCUUCGUGAUAUUUCAUGUCACGAAAAUAUAGAAACGGCUGAUAUCCUUGGUGGACAGCGUCCAAUUCGUAAUAGAGCUGCUCUCCAAUCGCAGAUAAUCACGGAUGCAAGAGAGUUGCUUGGUGAAGGAGCAGGCGAAGAUGUUGACGAAAUCAGUAAUGCACUUAAUGAAGCUCGACGCGAUCAGGAUGCAUCACAAGAUAAAGUCGAUAAGAUUGUUGAUCUCCAAUCUAAAAUCAAGCAUGCAACAGCACUUUUUGAAUGGCAUGACGGUCCUCUCGUUGAAGCCAUGCGCAAUGGUGAUCUCCUACUGAUGGAUGAGAUAUCGCUGGCAGAUGACGCCGUUCUCGAACGUCUCAACUCUGUCCUCGAACCAUCUCGUUCUCUCGUAUUGGCUGAACGAGGUGGAAAGGAUAUUGAGCAACUUCAAGUAACUGCAUCAACUGGCUUCCAGAUUAUCGCUACUAUGAAUCCUGGAGGUGAUUUCGGUAAAAAGGAACUCUCGCCAGCCCUUCGUAACCGUUUCACAGAGAUUUGGGUACCGGCUAUUGAUGAUCACGAUGAUCUGGAGAUGAUUAUCAAGCGUUCGUGGAACAAUUCAAGCUUAGAUGAGUUGGCACCAAAGAUGCUCGAAUUCGUUGCAUGGUUUACUCAUCACAACUUCGGUGGUGGUGGUAUUUCAACCACUAGUAUCGGUUUACGUGAUUUGAUUGCAUGGGCUAAGUUCCUUGAUUAUGUUACGAAGUGGCUCGACCCUCAACAGGCAUUUGUACAUGGUGCUGCAUUGUCGAUAUUUGACGGACUUCACUUUCAUGCUCAAGAGAAAUGCCUUGAGAAGGCUAUUUCUAGCAUUGGGGCUUCUUCAGAUGUCAUCUCGUUGCAAUCAAGUGUUUCUGAUACCAGCGAAUCAUUCUCUAUUGGUCCGUUCAGUGUCACCAAAGGCAAUUUCGAGACAUCAAACAAAGGCUUCAGUUUUAUGGCUCCUACGACUCGUCUCAAUGGAAUGAAAGUCUUACGUGCACUUCAAGUUCCAAAGCCAAUUUUGUUAGAAGGUAGUCCAGGUGUUGGUAAAACCAGUCUGAUCGCGGCUCUUGCCGAUUCAACCAGUAGACAUCUCGUCCGUAUCAACUUAUCAGACCAGACGGAUUUGAUGGACUUGUUCGGCUCAGAUCUGCCUGUAGAAGGAGGAAAGCCUGGAGAAUUUGCCUGGCGGGAUGCCGCAUUCUUGAGCGCUAUGCAGGAAGGUCACUGGGUUCUAUUGGAUGAAAUGAACUUGGCUUCACAAUCCGUACUUGAAGGUCUUAAUGCUGUUCUUGACCACCGUGGUUCGGUGUUCUUGCCCGAACUUGGUAGACACUUCAACAAACAUCCUUCAUUCCGUGUGUUCGCAGCCCAGAAUCCUUUGCAACAAGGUGGUGGUCGUAAAGGUCUUCCUCAAUCCUUCUUGAAUAGAUUUUCAAAAGUUUACGUUCAAGAACUGACAGCAGAGGACCUUCUGAUUAUUUGCCAGCAGCUCUACCCAUCUUAUCCAAAGGACAUACUUGCCAAGAUGAUCGAGUUCAAUAGUCGUUUGGAAGUGGAAAUAGUACAUAAGCGUGCGUUUGGUCGUGAUGGUGCGCCAUGGGAAUUUAACCUCAGAGACAUCCUCCGCUGGCUCCAAUUGUUGCAUAUUCCAUCAUCCGUCGAGAAGUCAGAAAGAAAGCCAAGUGAUUACUUAUAUAGUAUCUAUCUCAGUCGUUUGAGGACGGACUACGAUAGACAGUCGGCAGCAAACCUCUUCAAAUCAAUCUUCAAUGAGCCAUUCUCACUCAGCAGACCACCAUAUCUCAUUUCAGAUAGCGAAGUACAGAUUGGAAAUGCGCACAUCGCUCGUGGUGAUAAGUACACUACGGCAGUAUCACCUACGAUCACCUUACAAUCACAUUUACAUGCGCUUCAGACCCUCACUCGUACGUUUGAUAUGGGCUGGUUAGCCAUAGUCGUGGGUCAAGCAGCCACCGGUAAGACAAGUCUUGCUAGACACUUUGCUGCUCUUUCCGGACGUAAGUUACAUGAAUUUGAUAUGAAUGCUGGUGUGGACACGAUGGAAUUAUUGGGAUCUUUCGAGCAAGCAGAUGCCACACGCAUUAUCCAGAACGUGCUCAAUAUACUUUUGGAGGAUCUCGAUCAACAUCUCAACAUAAACGUCAAUGAACAGCAAUUUAUGAUCAUUGACACUAACAGAAACAUUGUAAAGGCAGCACAAAUUGAAUUCGCGAAGAAUGGUAAUAAAGCAAUUGAAGUCAUCAAUGAGAGUGUCGCAAAGGUCUUCCAAUCUCAAGUUGGACUGAGCCCUCAAACAUUCGAGCUUGUGAACAAGCUUCUGAAAGAUUACAACGACCAGUCCAGCCAGUCGGAAGCAGGAAGAUUCGAGUGGGUUGACGGGGUUCUUUUGCGUGCUAUGAAGAAUGGUGAUUGGUUGCUUAUCGAUGAUGCCAACCUCUGUAGUCCUUCAGUACUUGAUAGAUUGAAUUCUCUUUUCGAGACAAAUGGUAGUCUCGUUUUGAGUGAACGUGGUAUGGUCAACAACCAAAUUCAAACCAUCAAACCACAUCCAGACUUCAGAAUGAUCAUGACUUUAGAUCCUCGUCAUGGUGAACUCUCGAGAGCUAUGAGGAAUCGUGGUAUCGAAAUUUUUCUCUCACCACCAACUACAUUAGACAAGGAGUCAAUAAGGUCUAUGGCAAGGAUUGGAAGUUCACCAGACUUAUCGUUGAUGGAAAAUGCUGUAAAUGCACAGAAAGUUUCUAGAGGUUUAGUCGCACAGGAGAAACAAGUUUAUUUCAAACCUUGGGUCAAUAUCAGUGCUGUUGAUCCUGACGUCGAGGCAAUCUCUAAGUCUGCACAUGCACUUUCCUGUGGUCUCGACAAAGUCAGUAUCGAUGCUGGUCUUUUGCAGCUUGUGAGAACUCUGAGUCUUCACAGGCUUAAGAGUAGCACUGUGGCCUUGCAAUUGCUCAAGAACGAAAAGCCAGAUAGACUUGUAGAAGUAAUUGACAAGGUUGUACAGUCAUCAUUUGCACAAAGUCGAGGAGUCAAUUCAAGUAUGCCAAUCAAUACACUCGCGUUUGAUUACGGUCUUAGCGACGAUGAAGCACUUUACAUUGGCUAUGUUGUAGAUAUGUGUACGAGGAUGGUUAUUGCAAGUGUUGAUUGGGAGUGGCGCAAGAAGUUUGCUUCUCGAGUAAAUCCUAAAACGUUAACAAUACUAGAUCGUGCUGCUCUUAUUCAAGCUAAAAAGAAUGUGCCUUCAAACACCCCUGAAAAUGUCAACGAAUUGGGUCUAGUUCUUCAGCGCCAAAAGCAACUCGGAAACAUUAUCGAGAGUUUCUCUACGACCCGUGUAGACCUCAACACUCUCAAGUCAUUUGAGCGUCUUGUUGAUCUUCACAUGGAGCUUGAGAAGACAGCAGAUGACAUUCAUUUCGAUUAUUCAGCUAUGCAAGUAGUACUGGAGAUGAUACGUGAAACUUUGACUCAAGUAGAUGCGCCUGAUCAGAUUGAGGCUAUUGAUGCUCUUGCUACAACUGUUGAAAUGAAGAGCGGACAAGGUCUCAACGAAAUCUGGUCAUCUUUACUCCCAGAUAUUCGUGAUGGUCGUGUCGAUGAGUUAAUUAAGGGUCUCAAAUCCUACAGCAAGAAUUUGAAGCCUGAAAUGAGGGAUUCAUUUGUUGAUAUAUUUGCCUCACUUGGUCUUUCAGACAUUGCCGAAAAUGUCUAUGCUUUAGCCGAUGAUUUACUAAAAGAGCUCUCUUCAAUAUCUGGAAAGCCGAAGGCUCUUGAUGACACUCGCAAGGAUGCUGUCAAUGCCGCUUUUGAUGUCGCACUUGAAACUUCAAUGAUCGACUCACCACAUAUGUUCCAAAUCACCACUACGGCAUUGCUUAAGCGCUUGUCACAAGACCUUCAUGUAGAUCCACUCUCAAUAAUAGGUUUGAAGCAAGCAGUCUGGGUGAUGCAGGUUAAACCAGGCAAAGUCAGCUCACCUAUCUAUUUGAAUAUGCUCAUAUCAUGGAUGGCUCGUACGUGGUCGCUUCAGGAUGGUCACUUUUCGGGUCCUGCUGACUUACUCAGACCACUUACACUCCGUGCGAUUGCUGAAAGGUGCUCUCGUAACAAGAAGAGGUCUGUAAAGGACAUUGGAACAAUUCAUCAAAAUCUUCACAAAGAUGCCAAGGCAUUAGCGCUCAACUCUGCUUCAUACGAUAAACCUCGUCAAUUGGUUUUGAAAAAUGUAUUGGUUACUGUGAUCGUACUGAUGUUCAAUGCAUUUGCAGGCCAUAUCGAUUCCAAUGAAGAUGUCAAAGAGGAAGUACUUAAUGUUGAAUCCACAGAAGACGUGGAUGUCAAUAAGCUUAGAAGAUUAGCAAGCAAAUGUCAACAUAAGGAGUUCAGAGACAUCGCAGAACAUUUGUUAUGUCCUGCUUUGGAAGUAGAAGUGACAGAUAGUCGCAGCAUCAGCAAAGCUUGGAUCAACGUCUCAAUUGCUUGCUUGAAUCUCUACAUUCCUAACUUCGCUCUUGAUCCGUCUGUGCCAGCUCAAUCAAAACGUUCAUUUGGACAACGUAGAGAGGAAAGACUCAUUGCUGAAUUAGAGGCCGCAAAGGAAUAUGAGAGGAUUACAUCAGGCAAUGAGUCGAACGCACUUAUCAAGUUCAUUGAAGACCGUUUGGCAAGUGUUCGCUCAGAGUCAACUUAUUCGACUGGUGUGACUGUUCACCGCUCUACUGAUCUCUCACUCCUCACUGCUCUUUACCAAGAGUUACAUCACUUCGCUAACCAAGCUUAUGCAUCCGAUCGUUUCAUAACGUUAGUUGAUAAGAUUGAAUCAUCUUUGGAUGAUCAAGUUUUAUUCCAAGAGCAGACUAUUCAGAGCAAUAUUGAAGGGUUUUUGAGACGUCUUGAUGGUGUUUAUGCGUUCUAUGAGGACCUCAUCCACCCUAUAAGGCUUUUCCUACAUGUCCUCAGAGUUGGUUUACGUACGCUCACUCAUACGUGUCGUGUUCAAGAUCCUAGAUUACUUGGGGAUGCGGUACCGAUUAAUUCAGUGGUCAAGGAUGUCGCUCGCUUUUCUCUCGUAGCAUCACUCGAACAUUUACAAUCAAAUGAUUUACCUGAGGAGUCAAUGCCAAACUCUGAUAAUACCUCGCCUCCAACAAAGCUUCUUUUGCUUGACUUAUCAGCGCUAGCAUUUGAAGAAAAACUUGGUCUUUCGCAAGAUAAGGAUGUUCAAAGAUACGACCGUGCUUGUGCUGCGCUCUAUGAGCGCUGGAGCGCAGACAGACAAAGAGAGCAACUCGCGGCUGAAGAAGCCACAUCCCUUUACAGGCCACACAAUCUUGACGAAGAAAUUCUCGACGACGCUGAAGCAGAAGAAGCCGAAUUCAAAGCAUUGUUCCCAGAAUUUGAUGAUGUCUUAAACGUUGACACUGCCGCAGCUAAAGCAGCUGGUAUAACAACUUCAGAUGCUCAAACACUUGUCACAAAGGAAGAUAUCUUAGCAGUUUAUCAACUCCAUUUGGCAAUUUGCGGUGGUAUUUCAGACGACUCAUUUGCUGAACGUCGUAACAAUCUCAUCAAAGACUCAGUCGUGUCCACAUUCGCCACGCUCUCCAAUGAAUUGGAUCAUCAAACAUAUAGUAUCCAAGUUGGUCUUCUUGCAGAUCAGAUUAGACAAUUCGAGUCUGCAGGUGAUAUUGCAUCGUUUAACUUCUACCAUGAUGCAGAUAUUGCACAAAACAGACUUGCUAGAGACGUCGUUGAAAGGUUGUCACAGCGUCUGUUGCAAAUAUUUGAAGACUGGCCUGAACAGCUCAUUCUUCAACAUCUUAAUGAACGUUGUGAAGCUAUUUUGCGUAUGGACUACAGAUGCCCACUAGCUGGUAUGCUUAGUGCACUUGAGAUGUUGUUGAUGCAAACAGAAGAUUGGGAGAGUAACGCCAGUAGAGAAGUUUCACUGCGCGAUAACAGAGAUGAGAUCGUCGGUCUCAUUGUCUCUUGGAGACGUAUGGAGCUUGCAACUUGGGCUACCCUCUUAGAGCGCCAGGAAUUGAUGUUCAAGAACGACUUAAGCGUUUGGUGGUUCAGAUUCUAUGAAACUAUUGUCCACGGAUUGGAAGCAGCUUCAGCUUCAGAGGACUCGGAGCAACAAGUAACCAAACACUUGUCAACAGUCGUCGAACUUCUUGACAAGUUCCUUUAUUCAAGUUGGAGUGGACAUUAUUCACCUAAACUUGCUCUAGUCAAGUCAUUUGCUGAGUUGUUGGACAGACUCUCAAGCUUGCGCUCAUAUGAUGCUUUCAAGAGAGCAUCUAAGCUCUUGGGAGGUAUUUACUCCUACUAUUCUCAAUUCGAACAACGUAUAAAUGAGAAUAUGCAAAGCAAGCGUGAUGAUUUAGAAAGGAAAAUCCAGGAUUGGAUCAAGAUGGCUAGUUGGAAGGAUGUCAAUGUCUUUGCUUUACGCUCUAGUGCUCAAAAGACUCACCGUCAACUCCAUAAGAGUAUUAGGACGUUUAGAGAUAUUCUUAACCAACCCGUCGAGUCCUUCUUGUCUCAAGACUCAGAAAACAGAGCGCCAAUAAUGUUGUCAUCAAGACCAAUUACUUUGCUUUCCUCAAACACCUUAGAAGAGCUGGAUGAUGGUUCACAAAGACCUAUCGCUCCAGAUCAAAACCAUCUUCGUUCACUACCAUCCCUCUAUGAGAAAUUACAGCAAAAGCUAUCAGUAGUUGGUGGUGAGAAUGAUACAGAAGCUCUUGAUGAUCUUUCAACAACCAUCAUUGAAAAGACUCAGGAAUUCCGUAAAGCAACACCAAUGCAUAUUACUGAAGAAAACAAGAGUACUGUCAAGUCGCUCACCGCUCAAAAGCAUAGGGCUUGGGGCGAUUUACUGAAGGAACUCAAACGUUUGGGUCUUUCACCAAAUCUUAGAGCUGACUUGGCUAGCUUAUUGAGAGAUUCGUCCAGGUUAUUCCAGCUUCCUAAUCUCACUGGAUCAAUAAGUGAAGGCGCCGCUCUGAGUGAUACUUUACGCGAUUUGAUUCCAAAAGCUGACAAUUAUAACUACCGCGUUUUGGCCUUGUUACCUCGUCUGAGAGUUUCACUUGCUAUGCAUGCUGAAGACAUAUCUACGAGGGAUUUGACACGUGCUCUGAACUUUGUCGAAAGUGCUAUGGCUAUAGCUGUGAAGAAUACACAACUAUUUUCACGUACUUUGCAAUCGUACAACACUGUCACUAGUCUCACUGAGAGACUCAUGGAUUUCGACUCAUCGAAUGAGCUUGCAGACAGUCAAUAUAAUUGUGCCCAAGUAGUCUCUUUAAAGAAUUUCUUUAUCUCUGCACAGAACGUGUUCAAUGACGCUUUGAAGAGUAUCCAAGAAUAUUUACAGAUCUCAAAGGCAGCUAGUCACACCUCAAGUGAGCCAAUUUAUGAGACUGUGACAUCACUUCAAGGAUUUGUGUCUUCCACAAACGAUGUCGCGAUGAAAUUAAGUGGCUUGCAAGCUAUGUUACACGGUUAUAGCUUAUUCACUAAGGAUAACGUUGCACUCAUCGAACGAUCAUUCCAUGAGCUCUCAAAGUAUCCUCAGGUGAUAAAGGAACUUAUCAUUAAGACUCCAUCACUUUCACAUGUUCUCAAACCAACAUUAGAAUGGCUCGAUGAGAAAUCAGAUGUACUUAGAGUACAAGAAGCCUCGAAUAGAAAUGCAGAUAUUAAGAACGUUUGGUUACAAAGUGAUGCACUCAUCAACAGCGUCCUUAUUGUUGCCCAAUCAGUGAAAGAACCUCAAGGACUUGCAAAUGAGGAUUUGGAUCUUACCGAAAAUGCCUUUGGAAUCGCUGAGACCUCUCUUAAACAGCUUGUCAGAAUUGCCAGAGUAGAAAGCAUUACUGGAGAAAUCAACAAGUUGUUUGACCUUCUCUCAAGAUCACCUUCCCAACAUAUCAAUUCAUCCUCAGUGGCUUUGAAGCGCUCAGUUCCAUUUAUUAGACAAUACAUCAAAUGGUUGUCCAACGAACUUGAUAGAAUGAUGAGUUGGCACAAAGCUAGUCUCAAGUUCGCUCAUAUCCUUGCAUCAACAUUCUUGUCUGUUGCUGAGAAAGGUUUCUGCAAACCAGAUGAGAAGGAUAAUGGCGAAAGCGAUGAACAAGGUGAUGGUAAACUUGAAGAGGGUACAGGCUUGGGUGAAGGUGAAGGAGCUGAGAAUAUCUCCAACCAGAUCCAAAAUGAAGAACAAGUUGAAGGUCUCAAAGAUGAAGGAGGGGAAGGUGACGAGAAGAAUGACGAUGAAAAGGAGAAGACCGAAGCUGAAGACCAAGCUAUUGAAAUGAAUGAAGACUUCGACGGUGAUCUCGACGAUGCUUCUGACAGAGAUGGCGAAGAAGGUGAAGAAAGAGACGAAGAGAACAUGGACGAACAGAUGGGAGAUGCUGAUCCACUCGAUCCUGGCGCCGUCGACGAAAAGAUGUGGAAUGAUGAGAACGAUCAGGAGAGCGGAGAUAAAGAUGACCAUGUUGACAAUGAUGCUAAAGGUCAAGGAGAAUCUGAGACUGUUGCUAAUGAAGACACGAAGCAAUCAAAUAAAGAGGACAAGCCAGAGCAAGGCGAAGAAGCCGGCGAAGAAGAGGCUGAACAGCAAAACGAAAUGGGCGACGAAAAAGAAGAAAUGCCUGAAGCCCAAGAUGAAGGUCCUGGUGAAGACGAUGAAGGUGCAGGACCAGAUAAAGGUGACCACCUCAACAACGAGUUGCCUGAACCUGAUAUGUUGGAUCUUCCUGAAGGUAUGGAUCUCGAUAAUCAACAGAAAGAGCAAGAAGCUGGUGAAGAUGAGGAUGAUGAAGGUUUCGAGGAUGGUGAAAUGGGUGAAAAUGAUGACAUGGACAAUGCUGGUGAAGAAGAAAAGGGUGAAUCUGAGGAAGGUGGUGAUGAACCGCGCUUAGAGGAAGCUCAAAGAGAUGAAGGUGAAGGCGACGAGAAAGAAAAUGAAGAAGCCAUGGGCGACAAUGAAGAAUCAGAAAAGCCUGAUGCCGAACGCAACGAAGAGAAGGAGGCAGAUGAUGAAGGUGAAGAUGAAAAGGAGCAGGCUACAGAUACCACUGGUGAUCAACCUCAAGCGCAACAACAGGAUGCAUUAGCCGCUCCACAACAAGCAGACAAUGGUGGUGGUAUGGAUGAGGGUAGUCAGGAUGACAGUGGAGCUGCUCAAGGAACCUCUGGUCAGCAAGCAGAAGCAAACACGAACGACGCUUCAAUGCAGCAAACUCAAGACCAGGCUCAGGAGUCUCAGCCAACCGAAUUUGAUCCAGCUUCUCAAGCCCAAGGUCAAAUGGCAACUAAUGAAAAUACCGAAGCUAGUAGAGAUCAGCCGCAAGAUCAGCAAGCAGAUCCUAAUCCACUUCGUAGUUUGGGAGAUGCUAUGCAAGAGUUCAGACGCCGCUUCGACGAGAUCGCGGAAGCUCAAGAGCGGCCAUCUGAAGGUCAAGAAAAAGGUCAAGAAGAACAGAUUAAGGAUGACCAACCGCUUGAGUACGUAAAGGAGGGUGAUGAAGAUGCCAAUGAUACACAAGCACUUGGUGCAGCACCUGAGGAACAUGUGGAGAAACUCAACGAUCUUCAAAUUGCAGAUGAAGAAAAAGAAGCUGAACGCGAUGCUGAAAUGGACUUUGAUGAUGAUGAACAGGUGAAGAAUGAAGCAGGCUCAUCUAAUCAAAUGAAGCAGAUUGACACUGAUGCCAAAGCGCCUGAAGCUGACGAGGGUCAACCCGACGCUAUGAACGUCGACGAGAAGACUGAAGAACGCAUCAAAGAAGAACAAGAUGAAGAUAUGCUCGCAAGCGAUUCAGAGGAGAAGGAAGAGAUCGAUCAAGCUGCUGAAUUGAAAUUAAUGGAAUGGACCACCAGUGGCGAAAAACGUGACUCUAAGGAUGUUUGGAAGAUUUACGAAUCAAUGACAAGAGACCUUUCAUUUGGAUUGUGCGAACAGCUUCGUCUUAUUCUUGAGCCAACUCUUGCAACUAGACUCAAAGGUGACUAUAGAACCGGUAAAAGACUCAACAUGAAGAAGAUCAUACCAUACAUUGCUUCUGAAUUUACGAAGGACAAGAUAUGGUUGAGACGUACUAGACCAUCUAAGAGAGAAUAUCAAGUAUUAUUAGCCCUUGAUGACUCUAAGUCCAUGUCCGACGUCCACACGAUUCAUUUAGCCUUCCAAUCACUCGCACUUAUAUCAAAAGCUCUCACCACACUCGAAGUCGGAUCUAUCGCUAUUUCCAAGUUUGGUAAAUCCAUGGAUAUACUGCAUAGCUUCGAAGAUGGUAUAUUUACGGAUGAUGAAGGUGCCAAGGUAUUAGACAGUUUCACAUUCGCUCAAACAGAGACUAAUGUGCACUCAUUGGUUGAUACAUCACUCAAUAUGCUUGGAGACGCUAGAGAAGGGCAACGCGAUGAAGAGUUACACCAACUCAUGUUCGUGCUGUCUGAUGGUAUCUGUUCAAACCAUGAGAAGAUGGCCAGAUUGCUCAGACGUGCUCAAGAAGAUAAGGUCUUGAUCGUAUUCGUCGUUCUUGACUCGCUCAAACAAGAAUCAAACUCGAUCCUGAACAUGACUCAAGCUAGUUACAAAAUGGCGGAUGGUAGACCUCAGUUGAGUGUGGAAAGGUAUAUGGAUACGUUCCCAUUCCCAUACUAUGUCGUCGUUAGAAACAUAGACACUUUGCCUGACAUUUUGUCGUCAACCCUCCGCCAAUGGGCGGAAGCAUUGGCUAGUACAAGGAGUUAAGAUUAGAAUUAUAGACAUAUUUAUUUACAUUGCUAUUUAUUUCACUGUAAAAUCAUAAAUUUUUUCAUUAUC